GCGGUCGCCAAGAAAAAAUCAAACACGCCCUUAAAAGAAAAAAUUCAAUUUAAAACCCCCACAAUUCAACUUUUCUUUUCAUUAUGCAAAUUCGCAAGGUUUUGUGGCCUCUUUAUUCUUCUAUUUAUUUUUGGAAUAUCAAACUUCUUUUUACUCGAAUAUACAGCACAAAAAUGCUCACCAACAGUAACACCAUAUUCGGCCCUCUCACUGGAGAAGAGAAGCAGUCUGUCCGCCAGCUGCUUACCAAAAUGCAGGAGCUCUCUACUAUCUCACCGUCGUCCAAGCGCAUCGUCCGACAGACCACACACAACUUCCAGGACCAGUUGAAUGUGACGAGCUGGAAAUGCACAGAGUUCCUCUACAAAAAGGACCCAUGCCCGCUGCCCACUCAGGCCCGCGGCUUCUUCACUAGCCCCUUCGAUGAGGGUUCCGCUGAGCCGACCAUUUUGGCUCGCGGCUACAACAAGUUUUUCAACGUCGGCGAGGUUCCUCACACUUGUUGGGAGUGGAUCGAGGAGAACACACGGGGCCCCUACGAGCUGACAGUCAAAGAGAAUGGGUGUCUGAUUCUGGCCUCCGGUAUUAACGACGGCAAGGAUCUACUGGUGACCAGCAAACAUUCAAUUGAUGUGCCGCAUUCGAAAACGGGCUCUGCUUGGGUGGACAAGCAUUUGAAGGAGGCCGGCAAAACGCGCGAGGAAUUUGCUGCCUUUUUGCACGAGAACAAUGCUACCGCCGUAUUCGAGCUCUGCGAUGACGAGUUCGAGGAGCACAUAUUGGAGUAUCCUGAGCGUAUGCGCGGCCUUUAUCUGCAUGGCAUUAACCGGAAUUCUGUUGAGUUAGAGACAUGGCCCAGCUCAGAGGUCGCAAAAGUGACGGAGGAGUACGGGUUCCGUCGGACAGACUACUUUGUGUUUGAAUCGGUUGCAGAGGGGCGCGACUUUGCCAACAAGGUGCGCAAGGACCAGAUGCUUGACGGUCGUGCAAUCGAAGGCUUCGUGGUCCGUUGCCGUACUAACAAUGACACAAGCCCCUUUAUGUUCAAGAUCAAGUACGACGAGCCCUAUCUGAUGUUCCGCGAGUGGCGCGAAGUGACAGGAAGAAUAUUGGCUGGCAAGCCGUGGAAGUCCAAGUAUGAUCUGACCAUGCAUUACGUGGCCUGGGUCAAGACGCAGAUCAAGAAGGAUCCGGAGGCCUUUGAGAAUUUCAAAUCAAAGGGGAUUAUUGGUGCGCGAAAAAAGUUUCUCGAGUAUCACCAGUCCCUGGAUGGUCGCAGUCCGGCAGAGGUUCUGGAGGAGCCCGAGUUUAUGAAGGUCCUGCUGAUGCCCGUUGCCACCAUCGGCUGCGGCAAGACCACACUCUCACUGGCUCUUUCAAAAUUAUUUGGGUGUGGCCAUAUUCAGAGCGACGACGUACGGACCAAGAAGAAGCCCUCCCUUGCAUUCAACGCCGCUGUGUUGGGCGAGCUUGACACACACAGCGUUGUGAUUGCCGAUCGCAACAACCACAUACCGAUGCUGCGCGAGUCCCUGACCACCGCUGUGCGCAACAAUUGGCCUGGGUGCCGGGUGGUAGCGUUGUACUGGUCGCACGAAAACGCGUCAAAAGCGGUUAUCUUGAAGAAGACAAUUGGGCGGGUCGUAAACCGUGCUGAAAAACAUCAGGCACUGACGCCGGAAAAGGUCCCUAGUUUCCGCAAGGUGAUGGAUGGAUUUGUACAUAGCAUGGUGCCGCUGGACACGGACUCUGAGGCGGAUUGUCUCAUACAGGACGUCAUUGAGCUGGACCCUUUGGCGGACGCGAUGAAAAACUUGCGAGUGACCAUCGAUGCCCUGUGUAGGAUGUUUUCUGAUUUGUUCAAGCGGCCUUCGGAUAGCGAUAUCAAGGAGGCGUUGGAGAGCGCCCUCGAGUAUGUGCCGGUGGCUCGCGAAAGACCCCAGCAGAUCCAGCUCGCAACCAACCAGAGAAAGGACAAAAAUCGGAACAAGGUGGCUGCCGAUAAAACUAAAGAGAGGCAGCCGAAGCUCCCUGCGUUUAUUGGUCUUGUCCCUACCCAUCUGAAUGCCAUCAAAUGGUUCAAGGACCAACUGGCCAGAAACUCGGGCGACGACUGGGCGCUUUGUCGCGACAUGGUUGCCAAUGAUCUCGGCGGUAAUCACAAGCACCACAUCACUGUAGCCCACGUUGCGUCGGUCAAAGAUGAGCGCAAGAAGGCCAUUUACGAUGGGUACGUUAGUCUCUUCAAGGACGAGAAACUGGCCCAUGACUUGCCCGUAUCUUGCAAGGUCGACUAUGUCGUAUGUGAUGGCAGAAUAAUGGCACUACGUGUCUCAUCGAUCAAGGUCCUGGAUACCACCGGGUUGCCCGAAUGUCUGAUUGCGGGUGAUAACGGAAGGUUGGCGGUGACGAAUCUGAUCCCUCAUGUCACCCUGUGCAGGGAUGGAAAAACAAAGCCGGUCAUGGCAAACAAAGUGCUGCAGGAGGUGUUUGGCCCCGACAAUGCUGAUGAGCCGAUAACGCGCCCACAGGGAUGGGCGGUAAUUCCCGUCAAGACAGCAUUCAAUGCAGUGCUGCACAAGUUUGUCAAUUAAAAUUAAUUAAUGGGUGGAUAGCCGGGUGUUUUUUAUUUUAUUUUACAAUACAUAAUUAAAAGAU